GGCGAUUCUGUUCAUUCUCCGGUGACAUCGUUUGUGAAAUGGAGGGAAUCACUCAUCCAAUACCUCGUACUGUUGAAGAGGUCUUUAGCGACUUCAGAGGUCGACGAGCUGGUCUUAUUAAAGCUCUCACAAAUGAUAUGGUGAAGUUUUACCAAACGUGUGAUCCUGAGAAGGAGAAUUUGUGUCUCUAUGGACUUCCAAAUGAGACAUGGGAGGUUAAUCUACCCGUUGAGGAAGUUCCUCCUGAGCUUCCUGAACCAGCUUUGGGUAUCAAUUUCGCAAGAGACGGAAUGCAAGAAAAGGAUUGGGUGUCUUUAGUUGCGGUUCACAGUGAUUCAUGGCUGCUUUCUGUUGCAUUUUACUUUGGUGCACGUUUUGGAUUUGGUAAGAACGAAAGGAAGAGACUGUUCCAGAUGAUUAAUGAGCUGCCAACCAUUUUCGAAGUUGUGAGUGGCAGCAAUGCAAAGCAAUCCAAGGAUCUAUCUGUUAACAACAACAAUAGCAAAAGCAAACCUAGUGGCCUCAAGUCUCGCCAAUCCGAAUCUCUCACAAAGGUUGCAAAGAUGUCAUCUCCACCGCCAAAAGAAGAAGAUGAUGAGAGUGAAGACGAGGAAGAGGACGAUGAACAAGGUGCGGUUUGUGGCGCUUGUGGAGACAACUACGGUACAGAUGAGUUCUGGAUUUGCUGCGACGCGUGUGAGAAAUGGUUCCAUGGAAAAUGUGUGAAGAUAACACCUGCAAAAGCAGAACACAUCAAGCAUUACAAAUGCCCAAGUUGCAGUAACAAGAGAGCCAGACCUUGAAGUUUAAUAACCAGAUUAUAAAAAGGUAAACGACUU